AUGGCGACACCGAACCCCGUCCAAAAUAUGCCCAUCCCACCAGAAGAGCGCCUCGCUCUGGAACAACAAGCCCGAUACCAGCGCAUAACACGUAACCUAGCCAUCGGCGGCCUCGUCAUAUGUCCAAUAAUAGCCAUACUCCCACCACGAAAACUAGACCUCUAUACAUUCUCUCUAGGCAUCGGCUUCUACCUCUCCGCCGAUCAUCUCAUCACACUACGAACAGGCCGCGGCCUCGUACAAAACCUCAGUCCAGUGCGAGCCAUGGACCUACCGACCGAACGCGCAAAGGAGAUGCAGAAGAUAUUGCAAGAGGAAAGGGAAAAGAGUCGGAGGACACUGGAGCGGAAGGAAGGGCAAGAAAAGGGUAUACUUGGGAAGCUGUGGAUGGGUGAUGAGGAGGAGGGUUGGAAGGAGCGGCGAUUGGAGGAAGAAAAGAAAGCCAUUGAAGAAGGAAAGAGUUAUGGUGAUAUGAUAUUUGAACAGAUUUGGGAGGUUUGGAAUUGGGACAAGAAGAAGGGAAAGGACGGCGAGAACAAGAAGGAGUGA